GGACCGUGCAAAUCGAGGAGAGGGGGGACGGACAGGCCUGAUGGGGUCCAGCUUAGGGCCCCGGACUCCCCACUGAUGCUCUAUCCAGGCUGGGUGUCCCCAGCAUCGUGGGACCUGGAUUUGUGUGCACCGGGGUGGUUCCCAGGCCAGGAGGGUCCCUCUGGCAGGCCCUUGGUGCCCUCGUUUUGCAUGAGGACCCCCCUCGGAUGCUCUGAGCCACCCUCCUCAACCCGGAUCUAAAACCCGGGACACGGCUAUCAGGCCAGCCUCUCUCUCCACCCCACCCCCUCUUUCUGGCGUCCAUCCCCUCCCCAACACCACCUCUGCUGCUGCCUCUGGCUGUGGACCUGCACCUCUUCCCCAUCCCCGCCAGGCCCGGGGAGCGGGGUGAGCCUGGAUGAGAGCCCCCCCAACCUGGGGCUCUCCCAGGCCAUGGCCCGUGUGCUCCCAGGGAGGAGCCCCGGACCCUGAGCAUCUGCUGGAGGCUUGGCAGAGGCCCCGCGGGGACCGUGUCUUCUGAGGACAAAAGGCGGCGGCCAGCAGGCAGACGGAGGGGGGGGUGGGGGGUGGGGGGGUAGGGGGACCGGCAGCCAGGCAGGCAGACGGGUAGCAGGGGCCAGCGCUGGCCCCCCUCCCAGCUUGGCAGUGGCAUGAAGAUGGGAGUGGGAGUGUAUAGUGGAGGAAGCACCUGCCGGGACCCCCACCUGCCAGCUAGUUGGACACCCCAAGGCUGUGUGCUGCCCACCUGGUGUUCCCCAACACCCCCAGCCCUACCCAGUGCACCCCUCCGGUGCCUGCUUUCCCUGAUGCCUGCGAUUUAGACCAGCCCGGCUGUAUCCACGGCAACAGAAGCAGGAGUGUCACUGGCCGCCAGAUCACUGAGGGUCCCACAAUGUGGCCCGGGCUGUGAUUUACCUGGGUGAGACAGCUUGAGCCCCAUCGUGGAUUCCAAGACAUCCCUGCUGAGAGAGCCAAGGUGCAAUGUAGCAGGACAACUCAUGGAGCCCCCCUGGGCCCAUCGAGUACCGGACUGGCUGACCCCCUAGGGUUGGCAGUAGCCCCUGACCCUCAGUAUGGCCAACACCACCGGAGAGCCUGAGGAGGUGAGCGGCGCUCUGUCCCCACCGUCCGCAUCGGCUUAUGUGAAGCUGGUACUGCUGGGACUGAUUAUGUGCGUGAGCCUGGCGGGUAACGCCAUCUUGUCCCUGCUGGUGCUCAAGGAGCGUGCCCUGCACAAGGCUCCUUACUACUUCCUGCUGGACCUGUGCCUGGCCGAUGGCAUACGCUCUGCCGUCUGCUUCCCCUUUGUGCUGGCUUCUGUGCGCCACGGCUCUUCAUGGACCUUCAGUGCACUCAGCUGCAAGAUUGUGGCCUUUAUGGCCGUGCUCUUUUGCUUCCAUGCGGCCUUCAUGCUGUUCUGCAUCAGCGUCACCCGCUACAUGGCCAUCGCCCACCACCGCUUCUACGCCAAGCGCAUGACACUCUGGACAUGCGCGGCUGUCAUCUGCAUGGCCUGGACCCUGUCUGUGGCCAUGGCCUUCCCACCUGUCUUUGACGUGGGCACCUACAAGUUUAUUCGGGAGGAGGACCAGUGCAUCUUUGAGCAUCGCUACUUCAAGGCCAAUGACACGCUGGGCUUCAUGCUUAUGUUGGCUGUGCUCAUGGCAGCUACCCAUGCUGUCUACGGCAAGCUGCUCCUCUUCGAGUAUCGUCACCGCAAGAUGAAGCCAGUGCAGAUGGUGCCAGCCAUCAGCCAGAACUGGACAUUCCAUGGUCCCGGGGCCACCGGCCAGGCUGCUGCCAACUGGAUCGCCGGCUUUGGCCGUGGGCCCAUGCCACCAACCCUGCUGGGUAUCCGGCAGAAUGGGCAUGCAGCCAGCCGGCGGCUACUGGGCAUGGACGAGGUCAAGGGUGAAAAGCAGCUGGGCCGCAUGUUCUACGCGAUCACACUGCUCUUUCUGCUCCUCUGGUCACCCUACAUCGUGGCCUGCUACUGGCGAGUGUUUGUGAAAGCCUGUGCUGUGCCCCACCGCUACCUGGCCACUGCUGUUUGGAUGAGCUUCGCCCAGGCUGCCGUCAACCCGAUUGUCUGCUUCCUGCUCAACAAGGACCUCAAGAAGUGCCUGAGGACUCACGCCCCCUGCUGGGGCACAGGAGGUGCCCCGGCUCCCAGAGAACCCUACUGUGUCAUGUGAAGCAGGCUGGUAGGCAGACAGGCAGAGAGAAGGUCAUGGCCUCCGUGAUGGGGCCAACAGCAAGGGAGGGGUAGGGGCCCAUACAGGAGUCCUCCUUUUCUGAGCUCCAGCCCCAGCCCCUCGAACCACCUGUAAUCUAGGCACCUUUGCCAACACCUCCCAAGGAUGGAGGACUGGGCGAGGGACUGGGAAAGAGGCAUAUUUAGUUUUGUGGGGCCUGCCUCCGCUGCCUCCUUCUCCACUUCUACAAUCUCAUUCUCUCUCUCUCUCUCUCUCUCUCUCUCUCUCUCAGAAGUGACAAUUCAGAAAAAGAAAAGAACACUGAGAAUGCAGGUUUUUCUACUAACAGCUGAGGAGACAGGCUUUCUUACUUUAAUGUCUCUCCUUCUGACACUGUCCAGAAGGGGGAAAUUUGUCCUGUAAAAUAGACUUCCAGAGCUCUUUUGCCCCCUCUGCUCCCAUGCACCCUCCCCUUCCAAGUCCUUUAGCAAGGCCUGGAUGUUUAGGGAGAAAGUGGUCCAAGGCUGCUGACAAGAGGGACCAAAGGGGGUGCUGGGUUCCCAGGGAGCAGGGAUGUUUAAUUACUAUGUCAUGUGCAAUGUUGUUUUAGGCCAACCCUUGCCCCAAGCCCAGUCUCUUCUCCCUCCCCACCAUGUCCAGACCUCCCAAAUGGUUCUUGUGCAUCUGUUGGAGAAGUCAAGGGAGUAGGGAGAAGGGUCCCAAGGAUGGGCCCAGGUUAGGUGAAGAGUAGGAUGUGAGCUGAACUCCUCGAACUGAAGAGACCCACACUUGGUCACAUUCUCUCAUGCUGCCUUCAGGAUCCCCAGCCCCCAACUCUUCUUCCUGAGGAUGGAAAUCCACUCCAGCCCCACUAGGACUGAUGUGGGUGCCAUACAGGCAGGAGCAGCCCACCAGGAAAGUGUAGGGAGGGAGCUGAACUCCCCAGAGUAGCUGGACCACAGAGACUUGGGUCAGAGCUGACUUCAACCCCAGAAUUCUCUCUCGGGUUCACCCUACUCUUCUGAAGAUGAAAAUUUGUUUGGGGCCUUGGUAACCGAUAGCGGCACAAACUCCAAGGCACUGUGGACUUGAGUCCAUUCCUAUCUGACCUCUUUUUGUCCCCCUCAAGCCUCAGGGGCCUCAAGCCCCUCCUUAGUAGCCCUUGGCUGACUGGGCCCUGAGCCCCAAACAUCCUUCUUUCCCAACAACCCUCCUUCCCCAUCCUUCCCCCACCCUUACCUACACCCAAAGUGGAGCACACUGCAGUCAGAUUCUCCAGGAGGGAGAUCCAAGCCUCCUCCCGGGGGUGGAGUCCACUCUGGGCUUACUUUGAGGCCUGUUCUGUGGAUUGGUGAGCCAAGCUGGCACUCCUUGCCCUGGUCUUACCCAGGCUCUCUGUCCCCCUCACUUCCUAUGGGGCCGGAAUCUGUAUUUAUCCAUCCCCCUUUCCCUUCUUUAUAGAAGUCCCUGUCCUAAACUCCCUCCCUAGCCCAAGAGAGCCCCAGAACUGGGGAAGCCUGACCCAUACAGAAUGGGGAGGGCACUCUAGGCAGGAGAGACAUUAAUGAGCCUGGCUGCAGAGUGGCCCUGGAAAGGCAGGCCAGAGUGGCUGAGAGGCUGGGAGUAGGGGAGCCUGUUCUCUCAGCGAUAGUGAUGGGGGUGCCUUUCCGAAGGGGUGGGGUGGGAAGACCAAGGGGGUGGGGGGUAGAUAGGGUACAUUCAGGAGGGUUUUCCUCCAUUUCUUUUUUCUAACUGCCUGGAUUCACCAUUGGAUUUUGUAAAUGGAAAAACUGAAAUGAACAAUGCUACAUUGGAUGUUUUCUCUUUCUGACUGUGUGUGUGUGUGUGUGUGUGUGUGUGUGUGUGCGCGCGUGCAUGUGCCCUGUCUGACCACAUGUGGAGAGACAUGACUGAGUGAUAGUGUGUGUCUGUGUGACUUCGUGUGGGGAGGCACUCCUGAGGAAAACUUGCCCGGUGCACACACGUAAGCAAAUGCCUGUAUAUGGGGACAGAUACAGCACGUGCAUGCAUACACACACACACACACACACCACAGUUGAGAGGAGACAAACUAGAGUAUGUGCCCGUGGUAGGAAGUCGAGUGAUCAAGAGAUGGAUCUUGGAAACUACAUAGGUAGGUAGCAAGAGGGUAGACACCCAUCUCACAAGAUGGGCCUCCCUUGGCCCAGGCCCUGAGCAUGGGAGGGCUGGGGCCGCCAGGGUACUUGAAAACCUCAUCUCCUCACAAAGCCUGUAGCCCCAUCUCAACCCCGUCUCAGUCUCCUUCCCAAACUCAAACAAGGUGUUCCUAAAAUUGGACCACCAUGGAGAAUGGGGACUGGGAAUUGAGGACCAAAUGUGAGGGAAACUGAUGGGGUUAGGAAAUGCCCCCCACAAAGUAAUGGCUUCUGGAGGGGCUGCUCAGUCUGGGAUGGGAGCCCUUCCUAGGGGCCACUGUAUGCACCUGGGACUUUGGUCAGCUUUGACCAAAUUUAGAGGGAGGGAUGUCAUGGGGAAAAAAAACCCAAGCCCAGGAGUCUACCCAGCCAGCCUGCUCCCUAGACAGUUAAUUUACUAUCUAGUUAUUCUCUCAGGUGCACAGAAUUGAGUUGACCAUACUCCUCAGUUCUUGGCACACUAUAUCAUCAUUGGUCCAUGUGAGGCCCUUUUAUUUUUUUUCUUCAGUUUUGUCCCCUUCAUCACCCAUUCCUGAUCCCAUCCUCCCCGCCCCCUACAUAGGCACCCACUCUCGUGUAUUUAACGUACGUCCUUCCAAUCCACCGUUCAUGUGUUUAUUUACAUAUAUGUGUAUCUGUGAAAAAUGUAUGGUAUUGCUGUGUGUUUUAAUUUACAUAAACAGUAUUGUACUAUAAA